AACCUUAUGAAAGAUCUUUUAGGUAUUGCUGAUUGGAGGUUCAACUGGUACAAUGCUGGAGGCCUUACAAGUCGUGGGUGAUAACCCAGAUGGACCAUUGGCUGAAGCCUUUGAGGGAAAUAAUGGUUAUGUUGCUCCUUCUUAUGACGAAGGUGUGCCUUCUGGGAAUAGGUUCAAGAUGAAACUAAAAGAGUUCCACAAGAGCACUGCAUCAUUCACUGCAUUGGAUAGGAACUACCUAACUCCCUUCUUUACAAGUAACAAUGGAGAUGAGGAGGAUGAGGAUGAACAUGAUGACCCAAUGCCAAGUUCUAGAAGAGGGAGUUACUAUAAUCGUGGCUAGUAACUCUAUUUCCCAUCAUUGCAUAUGGGGGUGGAUGGAUUGACUUUGUAAAUAACAUAACAGACAGUGGCGGACUGGGCUGGGACUGCAAACUCCAACGAUGAAUGUGUUAAUACAGCAAUAGAUGUGGGCCCCGGAGACAUUAUCUGCAGCGAGACAUAUUACGUAUGUAUGCUCGGGCUUUUGUUGUCCAGCUUCCAGACCACAUGGUUACGAUUACAUAUAUAAUGGUUUCCCUAACCAUUUCAUUCAGGAUAUGAUGUUGGUUCUAGUUACUUUUAUUGGAAAUUUCAUGGUCAAGACAUUAUUAUUUCCAGUGGAGUGGAUGACUUUAGUUAGUGGUUACUGCUGAAUGGGAAUUUGUUUGUGUCAUUGUUCUCAGUUAUUCCGGGCAACUUCCGAAUAAAAAUUAACUUUAGUUAUAUGCAAGUAAGAUUGUAUCUUUCAUGUGAAAAAUAUAGCAACUUAAUCAUUUCGCAAUA